AUGCGCUGCCGACGGGACAAAGCGGUGCGAGCGAGGGUCUCUGCUAGCUCCAUCAGCCGCAGAGGACACCAUGGAGCGGGCAACCUGCCAGGUCAGAGGCCUGACUCCACACGACAUGGGCGCGUUACAUUACUUUUGGCCGGACAGCCGAUGAGAUCGAUAGGGGUCAUGGUCGCCAGUCAGCCGUUGGCAGAGGGGAGAGUUGGGCUAUGUGACAGGCGAUCAACGGCGAGUGAAGGCUGCCGAUUGACGUCGAGGUAUCCACCUACAUAUAGCGAAAGCCUUAUUUCUGUGCUCAUCAUUCCGUGCCCCCCCUCUUUUGCGGUGAUGCAAGCAUCGCCAUUCUGA